AGAUUUUUGUCAGUAAUACAAUCAGAAGAUUUGAGAGAAAAUUCCCUUUCCGCGACCACGCGACACCGACUAUGGGUGCGUCUACUUCAUCGGAGCCAAAGAUUUCGGCGGAACAGCAAGAGGCGGAAAACGUCGCAUCCUCCACCGGAGCUCUUCCCAUACUUCAGAAAGCUUUCUCCAAGUUCGCCAGUUCCGAAACAAACGCAAUUCCCUUAGAAAAUCUACAGCAAUGCUUCGGUUUCGGUCGCGAAGGUCGAAGUUACACUACCGAAAACGCGAUAGAUUCGUUUCCGGUGAUAUUGGAUCACUUAGGUUCAUCCUUAGUUGAUCAAUUUUUCAUAUCUGAUAAAGGAGGAAUAAAUUGGUUUGAAUUUGUGAAAGGAUAUAACAAAUGCUGUGCUAGGGUAUCUGCGUCUAUUUUACUUAACAUGCUUGUUAGAGUAUUCAUUGAUGUUACAAAAAGAGCAAAUUUGUCUGUGAAUUUGGAGUUUGAAUCAGUGGACGCUGAUUGCAAGGUCAAUGGGUACUUUCUUCCAAGACAUGUUUUGUUGCUUCUUUCCACUUGUUGGGUUAUGACUUGGGAUUGUGGGAAUUUGAAAAAGAAAGGAAAUGUUAGUGUACCGGAUUUGAGUCAUUUGGUGUUGUCAGCAGUUACAUCGUGUGUUGAAGAUAAGGGUGGGUUUGAUGUAUGGGAUUGUGAUGUUUCGAGUUUGGAAGUUCAGAUUCCUGUGGGGAAGUUUAUUACAUGGGUUAUAGGUACUGUGCCGUGUCUCCCUGAUUGCUUAAGGCAGUAUGUUCAUGCCAGACUGCAAUUGGCAGUAAUUGACGGGGAUGAAUUGGCAUCCUCUAAUUCCUCCUCUGUUGGAGAAAUUUCAUCUACAACGGCAUGUCAUGAUAUUUUAACCCAAGGAAGGGCGUGGGCAAUUUCUAUCACACAAAGAAGUUCGAUCAAUGAAGAGAUUUCUAGAGCCUUUAUUAGCAGUGACACUGGAAUGAAUGAUAACCUUAUUUAUCGUUCAUCCACCCAUGGAAGGGGGCUUAACAGAUUUUGGUCUCACGUCGAAGGUUACAAAGGUCCAUUGCUAAUUUUGGUUGCUGCAAGUUCAGGAAAUGAUCAUGAGGGAAAUUCUGCAAUCAAGAAAUGGGUUUUAGGUGCCCUAACAAAUCAAGGUCUUGAAAAUAAAGAUAUCUUCUAUGGAACCACUGGUUGUUUAUAUUCUUUAAGCCCAGUGUUUCAUGUAUUUCAACCUUCUGGUAAGGAGAAAAAUUUUGUUUAUAGCCACUUGCAUCCUACUGGUAGAGCAUACCAACCACAUCCAAAGCCAGUUGGAAUUGCAUUUGGAGGAACUCCAGGAAAUGAGAGAAUAUUUAUUGAUGAAGAUUUUUCAAAAGUGACCAUUCGCCACCAUGCUGUUGACAAAACUUACCAGAGUGGUUCCCUCUUUCCAGAUCAGGGUUUCCUACCAACUGAAGCUCGCAUUUCUGAAGUUGAAGCUUGGGGACUCGGUGGGAAAGCGGCAAAGGAAGUGCAAAAAUCAUAUAAGAAGAGAGAAGACCUUUUCACGGAGCAAAGACGAAAAGUUGACCUGAAGACAUUUGGAAAUUGGGAGGAUUCACCCGAGAAAAUGAUGAUGGACAUGGUGUCUGAUCCAAAUGCUGUUCGAAGGGAAGACCGUUGAGCAAAGAUAUAGUGUUGCAUUGCUUAGUGAUUGUUCAUAAGCACGGUUUAUCUUGUGAUUGUUCAUUAUAUUUCAGGCUUGAGAUCCUCGGGUAGCUGUACAUGAUAUAGAAAAUCUGUAUGUAAAAAAAUAUGUUGUGAGGCAAUAAUUUUCGUUUGAAGGACGAUUUGUGAUUAUGUGUAUAUAUAUAAAUAAAUAUUUUGUGGUCAUACAUAUGAAACAUGGAAUCGAGGCUUUACAUUUGGAAUGA